ACACGAUUUAAAAUAUUUUUUUUGCGGUACAGGCCAGGUGUACCGUUUACUCUAGGUUAUGUGCCAUUAACUGAUUGUCCGUCAACUUCCACGGUUUCAAACAACAGUUUGAAUACCGAACACAAACGCAAUAACGAUGAUGGUUAUCAUCCGGUAACGCCAUAUCCAUCACUCUAUGCGCAUUGUCAAUUUACCAAGCAAUCAACACAGUAUAAAGGCAAAGAAAGUUCGUCUGAUAGUGAAUGUCUUGUGAACGUUGUAGAUGUGUACUUGGGUCCAGAUGGCAUACUGUGGAUUCUUGAUAUUGGCAUUGUCAAUACGUUACCGUCACCUGAUAGUGCUACCAAACCAACAAAAUAUAAUGACCCAAAGGUUUUGGGUAUUGAUGUAACCACUGGUAUUGUAAGUAUAACAUACAGUAAUAGGUGCAUUAUGUAUUGUAAAAAUAAUAAAUUCAAAAAUAUUACAGUUCACAAGAUAAUGCUCGGAACGCUAUUGAAACCCAUACCCAACGAUGAAGAUAAAUUAAAAUUAAUAGCUCGAUCGCUGUGUUCCAUCGUUGUAGAAUACGACGACAACAGUGACAAAGACACCGUGGCGGGCAAGUCUAGAACACAGAAAAGGACGAGAACAGGCGACAAUGGUAUGACGAAGAAAGUUAUGAGAGACAAACGGUCAACGCAGGAUAAAUGGGAGGACGGUAGCAACGGAAUCCAUGACGAUUGUAGAAACGAAUGCGACGUCUGUGAUAGUAGUGAUAACAGUAAAAUACGCAGUAAUAAUAAUGGCAACGGUAGUGGUAGAUGUAAUAGAAAGUGCAGCAGAUCUAGUGAAGAUGAUCCUCCAAUCGUCCGCAAUCGUCGACAUUCAAAUGACACGUCAAGUGCAAACAAACCAAAACCUGUGGCGGUGUACGUGGGCGACGCAUGCAUCCACGACCGGUUCAAAGGUCUGAUCGUGGUGUGGCUGGUGGACGAAUGCCGUGGGAUCCGCGUAAUCCUUCCGGCGUCCGUUUCGGCUACAGAGGACGAUGACAGCUGUGACGGCGAUCUGGACCCGAGUCGGAACACUCUGCACAUGGCGCUAUUGGACGACUUCGGUGGUCGGCAAAGGCAGCGACACUUAUACUUCACGUACGGCCGAAACCCGGACGCGUUCCGGAUCCCGGUGACUGCAUUUCGGGACCACGGCACGACUAGAAAAUCCGUCGAUUUGAAGUUGACCAGUUGCCCGUCGACCGGCAGCAACCAGUGCGUGAUGAACGUGGGCCGGAAACCGAUCAGUGGCGGCGGCAGCGUCGGUAGGCCCUUGGUUCCAGUCGAUUCGGCUUACGGUAUGCAGUGGUACUUCCGAGAUCCCGCGGCCAUUCGCCGGUCAGACUUGUACGUCUGGGACGCCCGCCGAAGGUUUCACUCAGAAUACUUCGACAUGAUCGUGCGUAGCCAUGUGACGAGGGUGGCGAGUGUCCAGCACAGUGGUCGUUCGUGCGUCACCAGUGUCCGCGGGUUGCCACCGGGCACGAGAUAUAGAAGAGACACCGGAUAUGGGAAGGAAAUGGGGCGCGGAAAGGACACGGAACAUGGAAAGGAAACGAGCCGUGGGAAGGAAAAAGGACAUGGGAAGAACAAGGGACACGGGAAAGGCACGGGACGCGGGAAGGACACGGGAUGUGGGACAGAUUAUGGCUGCAACGACGACGACGAUGAUCCAUGUGAAAGUUGUAACAGUGCCAGUGAUGCAUUGAUCAAAAACGGGACAGACGGUGGUCUUAGACGUCCCAGUGGUGGUCGACUGUCCCCGGGCUGCAUGGAAAUAACGUCCGUUGAUUACGCGAGCACCAAACCGACAAGUGCAGCCAAGGAUGGUUAUGUCCUGUGGGCAUUACACUCCAAUAUUCAGGAUUGGGUGCAUGGCCAGACUGGACGUUUUGGUAUGACCGCGUUGCUGUGUCCGAUCGUGUGCAAUACCGCGGGCGAUUAAUAUUAUAUUCCCUUACAUUUAGAAUUUAUAUUAUUAUUAUUGUUAUUAGUAUAAUUAUAAAACUAAAAAGAGCUAUUUAGUUUUUUUUAUAUUAUGUUAUUUAUUAUUUACUGCUAAUUAUGUGUGCAGUAGGAACUAAUGUCCGUAUGACUACAGUACGACACAUAGUAUUUACAUAGUAUUUACUAUAAAUGUAUACAUUUUAUAAAUGCAUUAUUUUAUUAUAUUUUACUUAUGUUCAGAAAAAGUGGGAAAGUUCAAGUUACAAGAAAUCAUAUUAGAAAAUAAUACUCCUUUCCCCCUUUUUUUUAAUCAAUUUUCUUUUGUCAAAUCUUCCUAGCGGUAUGUCUCGAAAUCUCUCUCGAUUUUAACGUCAAUUACAUAUCUAUAUCUUUCACCAUCAUUAUUACUAAAUGGGUUAAUUAUUUUUGAAAAACUAUUGUUUUUUAAAUGUGUAGGGUUAUGUAUAAGAACAGAUGAUUGUUAUAAA